AAAGUUGCUCCUUAAGUGCGCGCAAAUGUUACCUGUGUCACAUCUCACAGCUUUGUUGUACAGCCAAAACACAAAGGAACAAGAUCUACGCAAACUAAUCAAAUAUGAGGCAACGCUUGGCAUUAACAUUAAUCAAGACAACUAUUUUGAGAACCUCUUCAAGCGCACAACUGCCAGUUUUCGCGCCAAAGUUGGAAAGGAAAAUGUACGUUGCGAACGAGUUGUAAAGGAAAACUAUACACGUAAUCAUGAUCAACAUGUGUUGCGCCCGCUAAACCAAUUAGCCCAGCACCAACAACCUGAUUCCAGAGCAGCAAUAACGAAAAAAGGGCCACAAACUCAAACUGCUCACAGUUAUUCUAAUACGCGCUCUGGAGCCACCACAGAGGGUGGUGGCGUGUUGCGAAACAGCAACAAAAAUCAUCAAUCCCAACAACAUAAACCGCCGCAGUCUGGGCCAUCUAGAAAUGCGCGCAAUUUGGAGAAUUUAUGCCGUGAGCAAGCUUGGCAAUCAGAUAAUCGCAUACCUUUUGGUGAGUGCCCAGAAUCACGUGGACCACAACACGAAGCAGCAGAACGUGGUAGGACAAGAGUAUCGCAAACAAGAGCUUUAGUUAGAGAGCGUAGUCUGAAAAGAGUUCAGCCGGCAACAGGCUCAAAUGAGGUCAGAACAGGAAGAAGCAAGGCGGCCAGCUGCGCAACGGCAAGAGAUGGUGGCAAUUCGCAACCGGCACAAGCCGUUGUGGCACGAGACGCAAGUCAUGGACGCGCACGCGCUAAGCAACCAAAUCACGAACGCGGUGCAACAGCACGAAGCCCGAGUGCUGGCAGCUCUGCCACAGCUCGAUCUGUGGGAGUUAUAAUACCACGACAUUGCACCACUACACGUCGCCGCCGUCCGCUCAGUACAGAUCCGGUCGCCUUAUAUCACUACUACCAGAGCGAAUGGAAUCAUUUCCGCGAACAAAUUCCCGGCGAGAGUUCACAUGCGGAUUUACGUUGGCUUAUACGUACGCGCCUAAUGGAUCCCAACUAAUGGACUAUGACGAACUUAAGGGACAAGAGAUAUAUAACUACAUAUGUGCAUACAUAUUGUAUGCUUUUUAGCUAUAAACAAAUUUUUUUAUCGAUUUUUUUAAAACAGAUUGACUUGAUUGAAUAAAAACUGAAUAUUUGUAACUUUUAA